UCACAUGGCUUUUUAACUCGGAAUACUUUCUCUCUUCUUAUUAUUUUCUUGAUUGAUAAUAAUCUGCUUGUUCUCUUUCACUAUUUUCUGCUCUGAUUUUUUUCCUUUUUAUUCAGAGAAAGACUUGUGUUAUUUGUUUUAGCUUGUGGGUGUUUCAUUCAAAAUGUGGGAAUCAGAAAGUGGGUCUGUUGCUGGAAGGGAUUACGACAGUGAAAUACUCAGUUCAAACAUACAUGGAGUCAAGACAAAUGGGUUUGAAUUAAAAGAUCAUUCAUGGUAUGUUGCAAGUGAUAUCCCAAGUGAUCUUCUUAUUCAAGUUGGCAACUAUACUUUCUAUCUUCAUAAGUAUCCUUUACUCUCAAGGAGUGGAAGAAUGAACAGAAUUAUAUACGACUCGAAAGAAGGAGACGUAAACAGGAUAGAAAUGAAUGAUAUACCAGGCGGAUCUGAUGCAUUUGAACUUGCAGCCAAGUUUUGUUACGGAAUAGCGGUUGAUUUGACGGCUACAAACAUAUCCGGGUUAAGAUGUGCGGCAGAGUAUCUUGAAAUGACUGAAGACUUGGAGGAAGGAAAUCUUGUAUUCAAAACUGAAGCUUUUCUUAGUUACGUAGUUUUAUCAUCAUGGAGAGAUUCGAUUUUGGUAUUAAAAGGCUGUGAACACCUUUCUCCAUGGGCCGAAAAUCUUCAAAUCGUUCGUAGGUGCAGUGAGUCGAUUGCUUGGAAAGCUUGUGCGAAUCCAAGAGGAAUCAAAUGGGCAUACACAGGAAAACCAAUAAGCCAUAUGUCGAGUCCCAAGUGGAACGAGAUUAAGCAGGAAUCAAGUCCUAGUAGGAAUCAGCAAGUUCCUUCAGAUUGGUGGUUUGAAGAUGUAUCCAUGUUACGGAUCGAUCACUUUGUUAGAGUCAUCACAGCAAUCAAAGUUAAAGGUAUGAGGUUUGAGCUUAUUGGAGCUGCAAUUAUGCAAUACGGCGUGAAAUGGUUACCUGGUUUAACGAAAGACGACGGAACGGAAGAUGAGAUUAACAAUCCUAGAGAUGGUUACUCUAGCAGUUGGAAGGGUGGAUUUCAUAUGAUAAUUUCAGGAAACAAGGAAGAACCUCAAAAUGUUGAGAUUAAGGAACAACGGAUGAUGGUUGAAAGUCUGAUUAGUAUCAUCCCACCUCAGAAAGAUGGUGUUUCGUGUAGUUUCCUACUAAGACUUCUAAGAAUCGCGAAUAUGUUGAAAGUUGCACCGGCAUUGAUCACUGAAUUAGAAAAGAGAGUUGGAAUGCAACUUGAACAAGCAAAUUUAGUGGAUUUACUUAUUCCUUCUUAUAACAGGAGUGAAACUUUAUACGAUGUGGAUCUUGUUCAGAGAGUUUUGGAACAUUUUUUAGUUCAAGAACAGACUGAUCAACUUGCAAGCCCCAGUCGACAACCUUUCACUGAUAAUCACGGGUUUGAAACAACUCCAAGAGACACUGUAACUAAUGCAAAAAUCAGAGUUGCAAAACUUGUCGAUAGUUAUCUUACUGAGGUGUCUCGAGAUAGAAACCUUUCUCUUGCCAAGUUUCAAGUUAUUGCCGAGGCUUUGCCAGAAUCUGCAAGAACUUGCGAUGAUGGACUAUAUCGAGCAGUAGAUUCAUAUCUAAAGGCUCAUCCAACUCUUUCGGAGCAUGAAAGGAAAAGGCUUUGUCGAGUGAUGGACUGCCAAAAGCUCUCAAUCGAUGCUUGUAUGCAUGCGGCACAAAAUGAACGGCUACCACUAAGAAUAGUAGUUCAGGUUCUCUUCUCGGAACAGAUAAAAAUAAGCAAUGCAAUAGCCAACAAUACAAUAAAAGAAUCAACUGAAUCAAGUUACCACCAACCAAUGAUCACACCACGAAAAGCGUUACUCGAAGGGACUCCACAGUCAUUCCAGGAAGGGUGGUCUGCUGCAAAGAAAGAUAUUAAUACACUUAAAUUUGACCUGGAAAGCAUGAAAGCCAAGUACCUGGAACUUCAGACUGAUAUGGAGAAUUUACAAAGGCAAUUUGAUAAAAUGUCGAAGCAGAAACAAACAUCGGCAUGGAGUAGUGGGUGGAAGAAAUUAGGCAGUAAACUUAGUAAGAUGACUACUGAAAAUCAAGAAAUUGGGCCUCACCAGGUAUCAAGUACUCAUGUUGAUCAAAUAAGAAAGGCUCCUAGAAGAUGGAGGAAUUCUAUUUCCUGAGCACGUUCAACCUUUUAUUUUUUAUUUACUCUAAUCGCGAUUUCAGUUUCUUUAUUGAAUAAUUUUAUAUCUAUCAUCAAAUUCUGAAUUUCUGUGACCAUGUUAGUGUGUUGUUUGAAUGUUUUAUGACCUUUCGAUUUUUCCUUUUAAUAGGAAAGCUAGUGUUAAAAAUAAAAGAUAUGAUGUUUGAACAUAAGGAAGAAGACAGGGAAAAAAAAAUCACUCGCAUGUAUGAGUGCAGUACAAGUUUGAA